AUGGCCCUUAUAUUGGUCUGGGCCCAGCGUCAACCAUCGCAUUUUGAGGAGAAGCAGAAGAAGAAGAAGCAGAAAAGGAAGAAGAAGAAGAAGUGGGAUACGCAGGGCGGCAGGUUGAAAAAUAAUAUACAACAGCAACUAGCAAGUAAUAAAGGCAGAGGUCGAGGCGAGGCGGUUGGUGCAGGUCGCUUUUGCUUCGGUGCUGCUGCUGCUGCUGCUACUGCUGACGAUGAAGAUUUAGCAGAAGUCGGUCAACAGGGAGCAGAUUUCCAACGGAUAUAG